GGGAUUACAGGCGUGAGCCACCGCACCCGGCCCGGAAUUGCCUUCUUUAGACCCUCACCCACCCGCUGCUGAGUCUUCCUGGGCACCGCCCCCGCCCUAAGCCCCGCACAAGACCUGCUAGGCCCCACCCAUUUCUUUCCCUCCUUUCCAACUCCUUCCUCCCCAGCCUCCGCACCCUACCCUUGUUUCCUGUCCCUGUCGCGCCCAGGUGUUUACCUGGCACUCAGGUGAGUGGUGCGCUCUGGCUGUUUCUGUCGGAGCCGCCCGCCUCUUCCCUCAGCGCGUCCCACAAACCCCGACGGCACGGAGGGGCCCCAGGCCAAAGGCGGUGGGCCCCUGAGCCCUGACACCGCCUCGCCGCUGCUGCAGGUGCCUCCGGCCGGCAGCGCCGCCGUGGUCCCGGAGCGCGGCGACAUGCCCGAGCUGGUGGUGACCGCGCUGCUGGCGCCGUCGCGGCUGUCGCUGAAGCUGCUGCGCGCCUUCAUGUGGAGCCUGGUGUUCUCGGUGGCGCUGGUGGCCGCGGCAGUCUACGGCUGCAUAGCGCUCACGCACGUGCUGUGCCGGCCCCGGCGAGGCUGCUGCGGGCGACGUCGGAGCGCGCCCCCCGCCUGCCUGAGCGACCCAUCGCUGGGCGAGCACGGUUUCCUGAACCUCAAGAGCUCCGGCCUGCGUCUGCACUAUGUCUCGGCUGGACGAGGCAACGGACGCCUCAUGCUGUUUCUGCACGGCUUCCCUGAGAACUGGUUCUCCUGGCGAUACCAGCUCCGGGAGUUCCAGAGCCGCUUCCAUGUUGUGGCUGUGGACUUGCGAGGCUAUGGCCCCUCGGAUGCACCUCGGGGUGUGGACUGCUACACAAUCGACCUGCUGCUGGUGGAUAUCAAAGAUGUCAUCCUAGGCCUUGGUUACUCAAAGUGCAUCCUUGUGGCCCAUGACUGGGGUGCCCUCCUUGCCUGGCAUUUCUCCAUCUACUACCCAUCCCUGGUCGAGCGGAUGGUUGUGGUCAGUGGUGCCCCCAUGUCGGUGUACCAAGACUAUUCCCUGCACCACAUCAGCCAGUUCUUCCGUUCCCACUACAUGUUCCUGUUCCAGCUGCCCUGGCUGCCCGAGAAGCUGCUGUCUAUGUCUGACUUCCAGAUUCUGAAGACCACCCUCACCCACCGCAAGACAGGCAUCCCACGCUUGACCCCCAACGAGCUCGAGGCCUUCCUUUAUAACUUCUCACAGCCUGGUGGCCUCACGGGGCCCCUCAACUAUUACCGAAACCUCUUCAGGAACUUCCCCCUGGAACCCCAGGAGCUGGCCACAUCCACGUUGCUGCUGUGGGGGGAGAAGGACACUUACUUGGAGCUGGGGCUGGUGGAAGCCAUCGGCAGCUGCUUUGUGCCGGGCCGCUUGGAGGCCCACAUCCUGCCAGGCAUAGGGCAUUGGAUCCCACAGAGCAACCCCCAGGAGAUGCACCAGUACAUGUGGGCCUUCUUGCAAGACCUGCUGGACUAGCGGUCCUUGCCGCCUGCCCAGGAGGCAUGGAUUCUCAGGAACACACACCCGUUAUCUGCGUGUGCCUGGGAGUCCAUACAAUGGUGAACUCUUGAAUCGCUCAUAGGCACAGGACUCCUGGAUCUCACACAAGUGCACCUAUGGGUGCCUUGGGACACGUUAACCCCUGUACUCACACACAGGCAUGGAUGCAUGUAUGUGUAACAAAAACUUUGACCCUGGGAACCGGGUAUACCUCUCCUCCAGUGGAGCCAGAUGCCGAGACCGAGUGUCCCACCUCCUCCCUUGCUGGGGCCUCACUCUGCUCUUUGCCAAAGUUGGUUCUCUGCCAUAGCUGCACAAACCUUAAACCCUGACCUUCCUGUCCCUGCCUUCCACCUCCUGCCUGGGUCCUCAGCUCAGUGCUACUCUAAAUACCAUACUGCUCACCACAUUUGGCUACUUCAACUUAAAUGUUAAUUGAAAUGAAAUACAAUGAAAAUGCAGUGCUCAGUC